GUUCAAGGUAAUGAAUAAUGACAUACUUCGAGGCCAUCUCGACAAAUCUAUAAUAUGAUGUAACAUGGAUGUAUCUAGGAUUUUAGUUGGGAGAGUGAAGGGGUGCCGACAUUGCCGACGUGAGGUUAGUGGCGCCGCCGCGCCAGCCGUUGCUGCGCUUCGGCAGCCAUCGGGUCCGGUCGGCUCUCGUGAUUCGCGGCCAGUCGGCACUUGUCAGCGAACGCGUACGGUACGGUGGUUCGUCGCGCGAGGGGCACGCGCGAGAGAUGCGAGCGAUCGCGAGCGUCGUGCGCGCAACGAAAAUGGCGUAAGUGAGCGAGCGUGGUGAGUGUUGCUGUCUGCCGUGUCUUCACGAACAAAGCGAGGGCUUUCCGUCACUUGGAAACGCCGUCGUUCGCGGCCGUGUUAGGUUCUCCCCCGCGGGGACAAUCGCGACCGAGGAGUGCGCCAUGAUCGAGUCGGGACGACGAACCCGGCGACGUCGUUAGGGUGGCAUAUAUGCAGUGUGUAUCCCGAGUGUGCUUUGGUGAGCCGCGCGCGUCGAGACAGGGGAUCCCGAGACGGUUGUCGCCCGCGCCCUCGUCGUUAUUGUCGUCGUUGUCAUUGUCGCGCGUUCGCCAAUGACGACGCUUACGCGAACGACCUGAACGUCGCGACGUAACGUAACGUGACGUGACGUGACGUAACGCGACAGCGACGUGACGGGUGACACGCCGCGAGUACGUGAUAUCCGGCCGCCACCGCGACGUGCAUGAACCCCGAGGAAACGGGCGAGGGAUGGCCCGCUGCGCGGCCACAACUAGGAUUCGGUGAUCCUGCCUCCUGCUCGUGACAGUUCGACGACUCGCUCCAACCCGGGCGAGACCAAGAUGGCGCCACCGGCGUUUUGACACUUGCCGAAGGACGACCCGUCAGCUGGACUUCACCGCCGCCUGCAAGCGAUCCGUCUAUUAUGAGCAGAGAAUUCUACGUACCCUGCACACCUUACGUCUAUCAGUGCGGCAGCGGUAGCAGUGGCGGCGGCGGCGGUUCGACGGAGGGUGUCGUGGUGAACGUCGGUGCCAGUAACGGCGUCGCCAGUAACGGCGUCGGCAGCGGCGGCAGCGGUGGCAUGGACUGCAUGCCCUUGCGCCCCGGUCCGUUCCACUACCUCAUCAGCGAGCAAGCCAAGUCUCUGGUGGCCCUGCAGGAACUGCAGAAUGAGGUCGGCGCCCUGCUCGAGUUCCGGGACCUCGUCAUCGAGACGUUCCCAAACCUCCGGCACAAGAUGGCCGCGACGGCGUCCGCGGGUGCGUCCGUGAUGUCGUCCACUUGUACCCAGAGCUCGCACAUCCCGCUGCCGCUGUCGAGUCCGUCCUCGCGGAGAAUCAGUGAAUGGGAGCCUGGCAAGAUAAGGCGGCGAGUGACGCGCGAAAGUAGCGGCGGCGGCGGCAGCGGCGGAAGCGGCAGCGGGGGUGGAGGUGAAUCUUCGUCCUCGUCGUUGCCUAGAAGCCGCAGCAACUCCCACAGCGGCGGCACCAAGAACAACUGUAGCGCGACGGUUCAAGACUCCGGUUUCAGCACGGAGACCUCAUCGAAGGACAGCGCCUCGACGGCGAUUGCGCCGCGAGCGAGCAGCCCUCGGCCGAAUGCGUUGGACGAGGCGGAGGAUGAGCUCUGGAACCUGCUGGACGUGAUCCAUCGCAAAGGGAUCCGGCUGCGGGAGGAGGUCGAGUGCCUUCAGGGUCGCUUGGAGAGCGUGGCGACGGAGGAGCUGGUAUCGACCGAUGUGCUCGAGGCUGUGACGAAAAUCACCGGCCUCGGCGACGCCGAUAGGACGAUCGGUUGUAACGUCCUUGACGACGGGAGCGUCGAUCGACAACAGCAGGAUAAUAGGGAUCCGCAAGUGAUAGCUCUCAGGCGGGAAAAGGAACAGCUAUUGGACAAAGUUGCCGAGCUCGAGGCGGAGACGAUAUCGAGUCGUGCCCGGGCUCAGGAACUGCAGACGGAAUUGGCCGCCCUAUCGGCGCUGAAGACUGGUCUGGAGGAUCGGUUGCGGGCUGGACUGAUCGAGAACGCCUCGGAGAUUUUAGCACCGGGCGUUCAAAGACUGCAACCUAUCGCACCGGUGAUAUCCUCGCCGAAGAACGCGAAUGUUACUAGUAUCAAGAGCAAGGGUUCGGCGUUCGCGUCGGUCACCGGUAGUCCUGGAAGUAAAGCUCACAAGAGUCGCUUUCGCACGAGGACGAUCGAGAAGAAUGUAUUGUUGGAUGUUGUCGGACGCAGUGACGAGACGCGCAAUGUCGACAUCGACGUUGAGGCGAACGUGAAUGAAAGGCGAGCCAGGCUGGGUGCGCUCGAUUCCAUCCUGGUUUCGCCCACCAGAGUGACUCACGUGAAAGACGUAGACUCAAGGAAGAUCGCGGCCAUUCUUCGCGAGCAUUCGCCCCUCGAGCUUCAGCGGCAUCUAAUUACUACUACCGUCCAUAAUCAGGUCCUACAAAAAAGGUUAGAUGAAGUGAAGAAGAGCACGGAAACUCUUUCGGAACGACUUGAUAAAGCACGCGAGGAGAAUGACGAUUUACGUUUCCAGUUGGAGGAACGAAAUAUCGAAUUGGAAGGCACGCGGGCGCGAGUGCGCGUGUUGGAGCGCCUUCAACAACGACCGCCGACGGAAGCAGAGCCCGAGGCGGAUUUGGAACAGCCCAGAUGCGAGCAAAGCGGCCUCGAGCCCGGCAGCAGUACGGAGUCCGCGCGGGACCAUCAUCAGCCGGUAGAGAUCAAACCGUCGCCGCGGCGGCGUCCUAGUCGUAUACCUUUACCCGGCAAUGUGAGCGGCAAGACAACAUCGACGACGCCUACAGCUAGUGUAACUGCAACGACGCCUGUGCGACCACCCAGUCACGGCAGGAAUGAUAGCAGGGAAUCGUUCAAGUCGCUAACGAGACCGCCGCGUGAUUCUAGUCGCGACAGCCAUGGCGGCGGCAAGUCGUUGUCGAAACCGCGCGACUCCAGCCGGGACUCUUUGGGCAAUAAAAGUCUAUCCAGGAGCUGUGGUAACGGAAGCAGCAACAAUAGCGUCGGCAGCGGCGGCGGUGGCGGCGUCGGCGUCGGCAUCAAGGAAACGAAUCGAGAGUCGUCCUUGAACAACCGAUCCCUACCGCGUAAUAAUUCCAGCCGAGACUCCCUAAACAAAUCCUCCUCGCUAUCCCGCGCUCGUGACUCGUUGGAGUCUAACAACAACCUCGGCACAUCCUCGCCUAUCACGGGAACGACUAACGCUCCUCCUCGACGACCGCCCGCUCCCGCACGCCGUUCCCACAGUCUGGCGCGCACAGCGACGUCCGUCGAUGCGUCUGAGAACGGCAAGAGCUGCAAUGAGCCACCGAGUUCCUGGUGUUCGACCAACAGCAGUUUCCGGCACAGCGAUUCGUCCCUCUAUCCGGAUUCUCUGAAUCAAGAAACGUCGUCCGUCACCGGUUCCACGCGGGUAGAAUUCAUAAUCGGCUCACCUACCAGGCGCUUCCGCACGACCUCCGCGUGGCCUCACCGCUACUUCGACAGUAUCGACUCGGCGGCUACGGUGCCAGAGAGCCUGCUAACCGACGAGUUUCCUCUGCGACGUGGCGAGGCCCUGGCCGAGUGCGACUCGCUCGAGUGUCAUCCGAUUUCGAGCGAGGAUUAAAUGCGCUUGAUCGUCGACGUUAACGUGAAGUUAGUAAAAAUGGCGAGUCGCGUAGAGUGAACUACUUGCUCUUGCUUCUUUCCAUUAUUUCACACCGUACCACUGGCUCUGCUCCUUGAUGCGGCCUUAUUCGCAUUACGUUAUCGACGCGUGUGCGAAUGUAUAAAUAACAGAAUUCUAUACACGUGAAACAUAUUUGUUUUACAAGAUACGAUGCGCUGGAGGAGUGUCACUCGCGUUCUCAAUGACCCUUAUUCUGUGCCUUUUUAAUAUCGAACGUUUUUUGUUUUUUAUUUGUUUGAAAAUCACGUCUUCUCUGGAGAGUGAUUCUAAACGGACAGAAAUUCAAUGAUUCUAAACUGAAGUAUAACAAUAUUUCAAGUCCUUGCAGGACUUACUAUGUACUUCCCUCAAGUUGCAUUUAAAAAGCAUUUCAUACACCUUUACAACAUGAUAAAGAUUUUUUAGCAUCAAUUAUGCUAUCUAAUAAAAAAUUAAAAUGACGCAACGACCUGCAUCUUAAACGUACAUUGAUUUAUAACGUAUAUAAUUGAUAAUUGUAUCAAUAAAUAUUACAGUUAUUAUUUUUAUUGACAAUAUUAAUAUGGAAGUAUGAUCAAAUUUAAAAUUACAUAAAUAUAUCGUGUUUAUUUAAGAAGUAAAAAGAAAAUACAUACCAAGAUGUAAUCAAAACUUUUUUUUUUUAAGGAGAGUUUAUGCAAAAGAAUAUACGUUUUUUUAAUCUUUGUUCGAAUUUCUCAUAUGCAUAUAAAACAUAUACUUAACUUAUCAAGAAGUAUAUGUAUAUAAUUCUUAUCAAUUAAUAAACAUUUUUGAAUCUUUUAUAGAGUCGCAUAUCAAUGAAUUCAAUGGCAAACGCUAAUAUAUAUUCGUUUCAAUGUUAUUGAUGUUAUGUUUAUUUUUUACACGUAAACGAUAUUUGGUUUACCUAACCAACGUCAAGAAUGAGUUUGUUAAUCAAACUUUCGAUUACUUGGUCCACGUUCGGUGAUAGUACUUCGCAACUCUGUAUUUUGUAAAUUUUAUACUUACAUCUUGUGUACCACUAUUUUUAUGUAUUUCUCACGAAUAUUUGUAAUAUCUUUUAUCAUUAAGUAAAAAAUUUUUUGACUAGUAAAAGUGUCGUUAGCAAUCAGGUGUGGAAAAGAUCGUCAACUCGCAACAGAGGAUAAAGUGUCGAUAAUUCACAUUCCAUAGCUGCAAUUUCGUAUUCCAUUCAGCAUUUCUAUCUUUGAUUUGAAUCUAUGUUGUGAUUAAUUGCUUUCUUAUUUAUUGCGUGUGUUGUUACAAUGCGGAUUUAUGUCCGAGUUUAGUUGAUGUUUAUUAGAGAUGUACGAACUAUUCGAAUACAAAUUUGAAUAUGAAUCGAAUUUUAUAAGAUUUGAUUCGGAUUUAAAUCUAUGAUUUAAUAGAUUAUUAUUUAUACGAAUCCGGACUAUCUGAAAAUUUCAAAUCUAAGAAAGUUGAAUACGAAUUACGUGACUGACGUCUUAUAAAGUUAUUUAAAAUCACUUUAUCACAUAAUCAAUAUUAUUUUUCUUAUAAUAGAAUUUUUUUCUAAUUUUCUAUAUAUUAACAUUUAAUCUAACAAUAAUUAUGUUAGAUUAAAAGUCAUCUUUCAACGAUUCGAUACAACUUAUUUCGAUUUGAUUUAAUUAAAAUUCGGUCAAUUCAACGACAAAACAUCUUGAUUCGCACAUCUUUAAUAUUUAUAGUUGAUGAUACGAAAAAGUGCUACGAUUGGGAGCGAAAUGCGUGACUGUUGAAAAAAUUCGAAAGACAAGGCAGAUGCUGAAAUUUUCAUCGUAUACGAAAAUGUAUGCGCUUAUAUUUUCUCGAAAAUAACACAUAUCAUGUUUAAUUAUCGUACGCUCGUUUGAUAGAUGCAAUAACGGGUAUACAUUGAUAGAUAUACAUCGAAUGCACGAACAACGAACGGACAAUGAAUGCGAAUAGAAUGAAUAGAGAGUGCAAUAUGUUGAAAAAGUUUUUCUUUUAACAAAUUUGAUUUCGUGUUCGCUGUUCAUUCGUUCUUUCCUCGCACAAUGUAUAUUUCAACUGAAGGUGAUAAAAGUGAGCGAUGUUAACUCUCAUUCGUUGUAGGGAGGUUAAGGCUCGUAGAAUCUGUUGGCGAUUCACCGGAAUCGCAUUUUAUUGCGCGUAAACUCACGAUGCCGCGACUUCGGAAAGAGCACUAUGUACUACACAGUUCCUCGUUUCAACAACCAAUUUAAUUAUUUAUAACUAACAUUGACGAUUGUGAAACACUGAAUAAUAAUCACAGACGGAGCUUGUGAUCCUAGCUAUAAAUAACCGCAAAACAUGUGAUUAACAUAUAGUUUAAGGUGUUAAGCCACAGGACUGACGGACUCUACUUAUUAUUUUAUUAGCGCCUAAUGUCUUUAUGCGCGGCGGAAACGAACAGGGGAACCGAUGCGCACUCGGUGAAGUUUUGCUCUUUUCCUUGUCUUUUUCCUUUUUUACAAUGGGGUUCGUGUGACGCCAACAAGAAUGCUCAGAUAUUAUUGUUAUUCGUACAGCCGGUGGAUCUUAGUGCCCGUGUAUCAACGUGCGCGCUGCCGACUGGAGGCUAUUAUUUUUAUACCUUUAAUUAACGAGUGUAAUCGAGAAAAAGAUCGUAUAAACGCGCUGCGAAGGUGCGGCAUCCUCCUGACAGAUGGUUAUUAAAGCGCUGUCGCUGUGUAUUAUACUUUAUCUAGUUUAGAUAUGUCUUAUCAUCAUAGAAUUAUUAAUUAUUGUUUUACGAAUAUACACACCGACAUAUUUGUACAUAGACGACAUCGUGAUUUAUUUAAAUUAAUUAGCUCUAAUGUAAAUAAAUAUUAUCUGUAACGAAUCUGCGAUAAUGUGAUCCUAUUAAUAAAAUGAAAUUACUUGAAAUA